AUGUGGAGCAGCAGCUUCUACGAGGACCCGGCCAGGUUCGACCCCUACCGCUUCGUGCGCUGGCGCGACGACCCGGAGAGGGAGAACAUCGCCCACCUCGUCAGCACCAGCGCCCUUAACCGGGGCUUCGGCCACGGCGCCCACGCCUGCCCGGGCAGGUUCUUCGCGGCCAACGAGGUCAAGAUCGCGCUGGCACACCUGCUGAUGAAGUACGACUGGAGGCUCCCCGAGGGCCACGACCCGCAGGACAUCAACGUCGGCAGCGGCGUCGUCGUCAACCCGGAGCUGAGGCUUUUGGUCAGGAGACGCCAGGAGGAGCUCGACCUGGACUCGCUUUUGGAGUAG